UCGCAGCUUUGUUCCGCACAUAAUUGUUAAAAUAUAAAUUUCACAACACAACACUGUUAUACGCACGCGUACCAUUCACAAUAAAAGAUAAUUAUAGGCGCGGUAUUUCACUUGUAUUUAACCGGAAAUAUUUCGCGCGGCUGUUGAAACAAACCCGUUAUAGUGCCAGGAUCUAUUUACUGUAUUACUGCAGUAGUACUACUACUUCCUCUACUACGCAGUAUUUCCAUGUACUGCGCUGUCUCUGUCCUCAGUGAGUGUGGGUACAGUUUAUCCUUGAAGUCGAGCUGAGCGGCCAGUUAUACUUUUUUCCACCCAUAUGCCACCCAAGAGAGAAGCAGGAGCGACUCCAGCACAGCCACCCAUCAAGAUGAUAAAAAUCGGCGGUGAUGCACAGGAGUUUGGCUGCGAUCCAACGGAGGAUAAGUACAGGUUGGCUGAAGAGUCCAGCUUCUCUCCUUUUCCCAACAAUGAGCAUGAACACAUUGAGUUUGAUGAAGAGCAAGUUUCAAGUCCAGGCAUCAGAACAGACACCAUCAGUCUCCUCAUGAAGAUAGAGCAGCUGCAGGCACAGCUCAAGUAUGAACGCAGAUGUAGGAUUUUGGCUGAGAGGGAGUUGAGAGAGCUGAAAGAGAUGAACACUCUCAUGAUGCAGAUGAGGCACACGGCACACGAGCUGCGAGUCACUCUGGAUCACGUUCUCCAAGGAGGCGAGGCGCCAGGUGCUCCACAGAACUCUCAGGAUGAAAGUAUUUCUUUCCUGAAUGAGCCUGAGGCAGAGAUGAGAGCGGUUCAUGAUAUCCAAGAGGAUGAGCACAACUUCUUGUAUCUUGCUGAGAAUCUUCGAGUACCAAAAAGUCUUUACGAGCGCAUCGCAGAGAUCGGAGACUACAAGAAGUACACGUCAGCACUGCUGAUGAUACUUUUUGAUAGAGAAACAUUGGCCACACACUCUCUGCAGGGCCGGAGGACCACAUUUACCGGAGACGAUUGCCCCAAACCUCAACUCCCACCUGAGAUCUUGAGAGGUAUAAUUGAUCACGUGGCAGCCAAGUUCGGAGUUGAUCGCAGUCAAAUAAAAACAGCAAUCCGCACAAAGUUGAACAAUGAGGACAAACUGUUGAAGAAGAGACUGGGUUUCGGUAAAGCUGAAAGCAAAGCUGUGGUUGAACCAAGCUUCUGCCAAGAUGCUUCACUCCUGACUGAAAAUGGAGAAUUGAUGAAUGACUCUUAGUCAGAGCCCUCUGAUGCUGCCUUCAUCUGUCGGUCACCAGUAUUUCAUGUCUGAUAGAAACGUGUGGCAAGUUGUCUUUUUUUAAUCCACAUCUAUUUUUUCCUUCCGGUAACUUAUUAUUUUUUUUAACACUUUUUAGAAUACGUACUUUUUCACUUAGACAGUUUGUUGUCUCUCGCGUGCUCAAAAAGUGUAAAACCUGGUGACCGACCAAGAUGUUACACGCACGAUGAAGUGCCACAUUUGUAACCGUCAAUAGUCGAAACAACAAGUGUUCUUAUUUAAUGUGAGGUAGUGAUUGUGUGUAAAUCGCAGGUGUGUGAAGGUGGCCUUCGUCAAACAUAUAUACCCAUGUAACUUGUCAGCCUGGAGCCGUCUGUCUGUUUGAAAGUAGGAUGUUGUGAACAUGUUUAAAGUGAUAUGGAUGUCAUUUGUGCUCUGUUGUUUCAUGACAAAUUGUGCAUUACAAUAAGAUGGUACUGUGUGUUUCUAGAAUAGCUCUUUUUGCACAUGUAAGUGAUAAUUAAUCUUCUGCUUCCACAACAUCUGUUUCAUCACCUCGCUGUUUUGUUGUGCUUGACCAUGUAAGGGGCCAAUAAACAUUUGAAACUGA